AUGGCGCUUCACUACCAAGAUGUCUCGUUAAAAACGCGAAGGCGUACAAGGUUAGAAUCUAUUGUUAUUGGGGCGCUGAUAACAGGCGGUAUCGCUUGUCUUGUCGCUGGAAUUGUACUCAUGGUAAGGGCAAAUACGAAAAAGGACACAUUGCAGUGCCCACCACCUAAAGUUGCUCGAGCAAUUAACCUUGAUUGUGGAUACUCAGCAGAAGCUAGACGCUCGGGGCUAGAAAGGUUUUUGCACGAAGCGCAAGAAAAAUUUUAUGAGCUUUUACCGCACAAGAUCGCUUUUAAGCCGGGCGUGACCCCAAAUGAAAUCCGGCAACGUUACAGAAGCUACGAUUCAACUCCGGCGCGGAUCAAAUUUGUCACAGAUGAGAUUGUCAAGCUGACCAAACGACUGGAAAACAUGGACAUCAAAGAGAACAAACUGAAUUUGCGAGAAAAGCGUGCCAAGGCUCAGUUAUCCCAUUGGAUGAGACAUAUGUUUCCCUAUGGCGUCCCUUUUGCUUAUGAUUACUAUUCUGGCGACUGGAUGAUGGGCCCAAAUAUUUUCUGCUGGUCUUCAAUUUGCUUUUUGCCUCUGGACGUCGACAAAGCCCUGCCUCAUUUUCAGCCUUCGACGGUGGAGGAAAUGGAGACUGUUAGAGAAAAACUGAUGGAAAUCAACGAGACAUUUGCACAGUUCGUUGAAAACAUGAAGUUGGGGGUUGCAAGUGGAAUGGUUCGUACCGUUGAAGAAUGUAAGGCAGGUUUUGACGGACUGAGAGGAGCGUUCAGGGAUAUCGAUAUUAAAGGACCAACAGGUAAGGGGAAUAAGUAUUUACCCUAGUUAACAUGAUUAAAUAAUUGUCAUAUAUGCUACUUAUCGUUUAUUAUUGGCCAUUCAGGGCAACACGAGUGAUAUAACCGAAAAAGACUGAAUUAAGGAAGAACGCCUUCGUUCUCAAAAAAAAAAAAACAACAACAACAACAACAAAAAAAAAACAUCUAUAAGGUUAUAGUUAUAGAUUUGUUGGAACUUGCUCGACGAUAUGUUAUGAGAUGGGCGUGGGGCAAGCAAACAGCCAUUCUUCGGUAAGGUGAUAUACUUAUCUAUAUUUCCAAACGGGCUUUCCCCUUACAGUACUGUAGCAUAAAUAUUUGCUUUUCACUUAACGCAGUCAGUUUUGAGGAUGUUAUUUCAGUUUUGCUUCUGCAGUUUUGAUACAAAGUUUUGCAGUCAGGAAAAAAAAACUGCUUUUUUUCCUCUUCUUUUUGCAAUAAGCAAUCAUUUAUUUUACCGAUAUCUACUGAUUAUCCCGCACAAUUCGAAUUAUUAGUUAGUCUAAGAGCUACAAGUAGCCAAAAACAAAUUAUAAGAUUCUUUAUUAUCAAGUUCCCCCAGUGAGUGUUCUGAAUGAUCAAGGCAGGAAAAAAUUCAAGUAACGAUGAUUUGAAUGUAAAUAAGGGGUAAAGUUGACAUAGCAUAUUAAUGUAACGUCAACUACUGUAGUUUUUUGAGAAGAUAUUGCCAGAAUGCAAAGUAGGAAUCUUGUUCAUUGAUUUUAUUCCUUAUUUUGAGUUCCUUAAUAUAUGUUUUUUUCAGUUAACGAUUUUUUUUCUACAAAAUAAAGACCAGGUGAAUACGUUUACUUUUACUAACCAUUCAGUUAAAGCACAGGGACCUUUUUUGAGCUUCAAUGUUUCAGUUUCAGAAAGUGCAAAAGUCUAAUCUUGGUCUGCGUAAUUCAGAUCCUGCGCAAAGCAUUGUUCAACAAAUUUGUUUGUUUUGCACAGUUCAAUGCAAGAGAUGAUAAUGUCUCUCUAGGAAAUAUGAGAUAAAAACUGAAUGAUAAAGGGAGAAAGACAGAACAAAAAAAUGAAAUUAUUUUACUUAUCAAAAUAUUUUUUUUUCACUGAAGAGGAAUCAUGGGCUAUUCACUAGGAAAUGAGGAACAAUGUUGCAGGAAAUAUUAAUUGAAUAAUGUCAACUCAGUAGCAAUAAUGAUAUUGAAGGACUACAAUUGAACAGCUGCCUGCGGCCUUGAGUAUACUGUACGUCCGGUUUGCACUUUAGUUCACAAACAAAGUCAAGUAAUAAAGCAAUACUGAAAUGCAUUCAUGAAUUGUUUUACCGUUGUAAAAAGUUGUUUUCGCGCUGCUAGUCAAUCUCAGCAGUUUCUUAUUAUUAAAACUAUGAGUAUAAAGAAAAGGAAGUGCCCUUUGAACAAUAGAAGUCAUAUAAAAUAAUUGACAUCUUACCGCAUGUAAGUAGCACUGACCUUAGAGAGAACAAUUUUUUUCACCACCUUCGUACAUCAUGGGAGUCAGUCAAGUUCAUUGUUUUAUCCGUUCAUAAAAAUUGUCAAGCAAAUAAAUUCUCUGUUUUUGUGAAAUUCAACCAUCUGAAACAGUCACCGCAAACUUUCACCUGGCAAUGGGGGUGAAUUCAUUUGAUUAACUAAAAAGUAUUUUCGCGUUUGACUGGCAGAAUCAAGGUAAACCCGGGCGCUGAAGUAAAAAGUAUAAAUAUAUGGUUUCUGUGCAUACUUUAUUAAUCUUCCUAUCAAAAUAAUAUUUUGCGUGUAACACUUAAUAAUGAUGUAACAUGUAAUCAUUUUUAUGAGCAGACUUUGAGGGUGAUAACUUCACAUUUUUAUCUCAACCGUUUGUUCGAAUGAAGAACGUUUGUCAAUUGGAAAUCACUCUAACACCUGAGCUAUGCGUCUUUGUGGAAAAAGAAAUAUGUAUUUUAAAAAAUGUUUACAAGAAAAGCCUUUUAAAAAUACGUCAUGUGAUUUUGCGAGAGAUGAACUGAAUUGGAACUGAUUUGCACUUUUCAAAUUGCAGCACUACUUAUAGCCUCUGUCUGUCUCCGCCCCGCCCAGGAUAUAGUUCGUCCUUCUUGGCCACGCAUCUCACCUUCGCUUAUAUGGCCUAGUAUUAUAACGAAAUGGUACCCGUUUGAAAAAAUAAAUAUUCUACCAUGUAUUUUUUUCAUGAGGUAUUUUAAGGGUCUAAGGGCCUCUUCACUUGAGCCCUGAACAUGAGCUUUCAGAAGGCGUGCCAGCCCGGUCAACCAGGCUCAUGUUAAGAAGCCUAAGUUAAGUUUCCAAACCUUUGGCAAAAAAUAAGACAGUGCUCAUUAUAAAGUCCACCAACUACUACAGCAGCAAAAAUCUUUAUUGUACAAUCAGUAAGGUUUUUUUUUACCAAAAAUGAAAAGAAUAACUUAAGUAUAACUAAUGGUGCUAUUAUGAGGUGCCUGUAUACUCAUUCCCCUCCCUGGGUAAGAAUUGUGAGGCUCUGCGAGGAUCUUCUGAGGACGUUUGCCGAUGUGUAGUUUAUAUCGGAAAUGUAUACAUAUAAUUGGAGCCAUAAUAAAAGUAGAGAAAUCUUUAAAAUUUGUAAUGUAACUCGUGCCAUCUUAAACUCACAGGAAUACUUGACGCUUACUUCAUGAAGAAAAUUCUCGCCUAUGAUUUUCUGUCCUUGAUGAAGGAAAAAGAAUUAGACAUGUGGAUAAUGGCACAUGGCAAAUCAGUGAACGAGUCGUUGAAGCAGUGGGUCAUUGAGUACGUUGGUGAACCCAUUCAUCAUGUUUUGAGGUAAGUUGAUAAGAAGGAAUAUACUGUCUUCUGCUAAGUAAUUGUAAGCAACGGAAAUGAUUUCGAGCUUGAAGUUGAUGUUGCUGUCACCUGAAGGCCCAAUUGUUCAAAGGCCGAUUAGAGCUAACCUGGGGAUAUUUUUACAGGUGGUUAGGGCCCAUUGGAAUUUCAUCUCAACGAAACUGUUAACUGUUUUCAGGUACCAUCUGAUGCUUUAUGCUUGCGGUAGCUGGGUUGGGAUUGCGAAGCAGUCACGGCAAUGAGAUCAGCGUUGUGGAUCCCCUAAAUUAAUAGGGAUACUUUCUUGGAUCCGAUAAGCCCCGCGAAAAUCGCACUAAGAAAGAAAAGAGAGAGAAAAAAAAAUAGAUAGAGCGAGCAGGAGAAAGAAAGAGUGGAAAAGAAAUAAACAGUUGUAGCACUCUUACAUUGUAGUUAUUAUCCUAGCUACUUUGAACAUUUUGAACAAAAAAAACUGCUUUACGGGAGAGGCCUAUUUUAGCAGUAACGUUGUUAUUUAAAAUCGAGCUAGAAGUAAAAUAACAGUAUAAAACCGAUUCUCAGUUCUCCUAUAUUCUAGGUACGUCGAAAAGGAACAUUCACAGUAUUGCGUCCCAAGUAACAUAUCUAGCGGUUUAGCCACAUUACCGUUGGACUAUGUUUACAUUCACGGCAAAAAGACUAGUCAAAAGACAUCAGAACGUCUCCCCACAGGCGAAAAACUCAACGGGAAGACAACUUAUCUAAAGCUUCUGCAAUACUUUACUACUACCGAGAAGACCCCCGAUGAAAUCUACCGACUAGGUUGGUCAAUCAUAAAUCGAAGUUAUCCAGAGGUAAGGAAUUAACCAUACCCCAAGACAAUUUUAUAAGUAGAUUUUUUUCAUCAUCACCAUCAUCGUCGUCACCAUUAUCGUCGUCACCAUUAUCGUCGUCACCAUUAUCGUCGUUGAGCAUCAUCACCAUCAUCCUAAUCAUGGUCUUCAUCACUCAUGUCACUGACAAAUGUUAUCAUCAUUAUCUCAUCAGUUGUUUUAUUUAGUAAUUACAUAAGGAAAGUGUUUAUCUGACAGUGUAACAUUAUCUCUUUUUUAUAAGGUUCUAAACUUGACGCGACACGUCACCCUUGAAAACAAUACUCAAAUUGCAAAGGAAAAGUUCAUUAAAAUAUUGAACCGAUCAGAAAUGUUUUACAACGAGCAAGAAAUUCCAGUGAGUGAAUCCAAUGAAAGUGCCUACAAGCUGUGCAGUUCAAUUAGUGGUGCAAAGAAGUACUGUCCAAUCCGCUGGAAUGCCAUGCAAAAUUGGUUUGCGCAUGCUCGAGAGGUAAAAUCUCUAGGAUAACUAAGGUGUCUAUAAAAGACAUAAAAGGGGGUGAUCAACCCAGACAACUCUGAAACCAAAUCUAUGUCAACACAUUUGUACAGACCAGUAGAUAUUAAGACACGAUUUAAAGCGUUUUCUCACGGAAAAGUCGAAGGUCGUGUGUUAAAUGAAAAGUAGCAAAUCUGUUACCAGAAUGUCGAAAAUAUAAUUCCAUUUCAGUUUGUGUUUUUCUAGUCUUUCUGCCCCUCAAAAAGGAAACGCCAUGACAGCGUACAGUGCAGAAGAUCGUACCCUGGGUCAUGUAUCCCUGGUUGACUAUAUGUUACUGAUUCUAAUUUUUAGUGUUACGUUGGUUAUAAGAAGCAUCUUGUACGUGGGGCGAGCCUUUCCCUAUUUAUAUGUAAAAGAAGGUUAAGGCAGGUACGAGCCAAAGGUUCAAACGGCCGAAGCUUACCUGGUUUCCUUAGUAUGAAGCAUGCCUAGGAGUAUUGCUACUCCUCCCUAGAUGGUACGCUAGUCCAUCGCAGGGUUAACGCCCCACCCCUUCCCCGCCCCCAAGCAGUAUGUCGCCGUUACCCCUUUGUACACCUGGCCCUGGUUGUUCAAAUGUUGGAUAGCGCUAUCCACCGGAUAAAUCACUAUGCAGCGCAUGAGUAUUUGGGAAAACAAUUGCGUUAUCCACUGGAUAGAUUUUUAUCCUGUGGAUAGCGUUAUCCAACCUUUGAACUACCAAGCCUUGGGUGAAAGGAGACAAAGUGGAGUAAAAAUUCUUGUCCAAGGAGAAAAAACGGCGGACGAGAUUUGAACUCCGGUCCUCCAGAUCUGGAGUUCGAAGUGUUAGCCACUCGUUCACACGCGCCUCCACUAUUUAUAUGUUGCCUUUACAAAAUUGUUCUCCUAAGAGGAGGAUGGCUUAACAAAACGUUCAAAAGUACACCUCUCGAUGAAACGAAAUUACUUCUUUAUUAGGCAUAGCAAUCUUCACAACACAUCGUUAUAAAUUGACAUAACGAUAAGGUUAUUGAACGCUGAGUAAAUUUUUCUCCCUCCUGCCUCUGAGGAGCUUGUCUAAAUACCACUCAGCUACUCUUUCUAUAAGUGACUGUGAUUGUGGUUCAUUGCAUAGAUUAUGGCCACACUUGACCCGAAGACCAUUGAUAUGUUUCAUUUUACUGGCUCGUACCAGUCCACUCCAAACUGUCCUGUUGAGCUCAUUCCAAACUUCAAUCCAUCUUCUGCUGCACCAACCUUUCAAGAAAGUGACUCUGUUUGCUCCAAGCCUCCAGUGUAUAGUAUACCAUUCUUUAUGCAAAGACCUGGGCCCAAGAAUGAGGAAUGGACCAUAAACGCUCACGAGGCGAGGCCAGGACACUACACACAGGUGGGUUAAGGUGGCUCCGUAAUUAAUACAAGAGCAUUUUGCUGUGACCAAUUUUUACGUCAUAACUUUUUGGUUCUUAAUGCGAUGCCUGCGAAACUUUGCAAAGAACAACAGAUACCAUUCGGCAAUAAUACGGAAUAUUCCGAUUUCAUUGAUGGUAAAUAUUCCUUGAGAAAUUAGCGCUUAAAAGGACCCUAAUGUUCAAAGAAAAUCGCGUCUAGUAAAAAAUUUUGCUGAUAUUUUUUACUGAAAUUUCUGGUAUCGGCUUUAAUUGAUAUAAUAAAUUUGCCAGAGGAAUUUCAGAAAAAUCGUUGGAGCAGAAGUCCGUAACUAAAAGUCGCUCAAAAUUCAGCUGUGAAAUUGAGCUAAAUUGUUUUUGGAAUUUCAAAAAUAAAUUACUAUCAGGUAGAAGGAGCCACCAGUUUGAAUUUUCGGGACAAGUAAAUUCAAUGUUUGCUAAUUCUGCAAACAAAAGCCGAUUGCCUAUCGUGCUAUUCUUUAAAAGGUACUUUUUAGUUUUAGAAGCACUAUAAAUUGCUCCAAACCUUGCUCUGAAGUAGAAUGACUUGUUCUUCGACAUUUUUAAAAUAUCCCUUUGCAGUUUUGGCUCAAACUCCUGCUGCAUACAUUUUGAUGUAUUGCAAUGCAUUUUCAACGACUUUUACUGCUGUUCGUUGCUUCCAACUCAGGAAAAAAGUAUUGAGAUUGGACGCUACCUCGUAUCAGAGCUCAGAUAGAACUGUCCUGCACCUUUGUUUAUGACUACAAAAUGAGCACGAGCGGCAGUUCUGCGAGGAAUUCGCACCUCACCCAGGGGGGACGAACGACAAUGAUGACCAUGCCUGUGAACCGAAUAACAUCACAGUGCAAAAUAAAAUUAUCGCAAAAAUACUGCCCGUGAAUAAAUUUACAACUCUGAAAUUUUUGUCACUUCUUCCUUCAAUGAAUGGGUAUUUUUUUUCUUGAUUAUUAUGUUUUGCUCUGCAAUACAUGUUUAUACAGAUCGGUUCACAGACAUGGGCAUCAUUGUCAUUCGUCCCCCCUGGCUGAGGUGCGAAUUCCUCGCAGAGCUGCCGCUCGUGCUCAUUUUCUCGUCAUAAACAAAGGUGCUGGACAGUUCUAUCUGAGCUUCGAUACAAGGUAGCUUACAAUCCCAAUACCUUUUUCCUGAAUUGGAAACAACGUACAGCAGGAAAAGCCGUUGAGGAUGCAUUGCAAUACAUCAACAUGUAUGUAGCAGGAGUUUGAAGCAAAACUGCCAAGGGAUAUUUUAAAAAUGUCGCGGAACAAGUCAUUCGACGUCAGAGCAAGGUUUGGAGUAAUUUAUAGUGCUUCUAAAACUGAAAAGUACCUUUUAAAGAAUAGCACGAUAGGCAAUCGGCUUUUGUUUUCAGAAUUAGCAAACAUUGAAUUUACUUGUCCCGAAAAUUCAAACUGGUGUCUCCUUCUUCCAGAUAGUAAUUUAUUUUUGAAAUUCCAAAACAAUUUCACAGCUGAAUUUUGAGCGACUUUUAGUUACGGACUUCUGCUCCAACGAUUCUUCUGAAAUUGUCUGGCAUAUUUAUUAUAUCAAUUAAAGCCGAUACCAGAAAUUUCAGUAAAAAAUAUCAGCAAAAUUUUUUACUAUACGCGAUUUUCUUUGAACAUUAGGGUCCUUUUAAGCGCUAAUUUCUCAAGAAAUAUUUACAAUCAAUGAAAUCGGAAUAUUCUGUAUUAUUGCCGAAUGGUAUCUGUUAUUCUUUGCAAAGUUUCGCAGCCAUCGCGUUAAAAUCGAAAAAGUUAUGACGGAAAAUUUGUCACAGCUAAAUGCUCUUGUAUUAAUUACGGAGCCACCUUAAAUAAAAAAUAUAUAUAUUUCCUAGUUUCCUCUCAUUUCCUCUCUGUUCUCGAAACUUUAUUGAGGAAAUUAAUUUUGUCUCUUGCACAAAAGGAAACGUAAUGUUUUUUUUGGCUCUGAUUUCGCGGUUGUACUUCUGAAAAGAUAGCUGAAUGCUCGGUUCACUGCAAAGUGUUAUUACUGUAAUUGAACUCUAUGCAAUCAGACUUCUAUUUUUCGGAGACCCUCGGAAUCCUCGCUAUAGUGACUGCUUUUCUAACCAGCAAUCCUGAUCAUUUGCAGCAAUGUAAAAUUGGGACAAGAGACAUUUAAAUUUUUAAUUUAUUUUAGAGCCAAGGAUAUGUAGAGCACUUUCAGGACAGCUGUUUGGACCCUAUUUCGUGGAUUCAGCGUAACACCUUUUUCCUGGAGUUUUCUGAAGGAUGGGCAGUGUACGCUGAAAAUCCGCUGAUAUCAAAAUACACGGACACAUACAAUGAUGAUCCGCUGACCAAGUAUGGCAUGCUGAAGUGGCAGGUAUUGCAUUUUCAUUAAUAUCUACCUUAGUUAGGAAGGGCAACGAAGAUAUUGCCUCUUCAUUUAACUUGCGCCACAAAACGUUAAUUCUUCCAACGUUGAGUUUGUGAAAAACCCAAAUAAAGGCAGUUAAGUUAGGUACGAGUUUGCCCCUUGAAGGGGGUGCCUCACGCUAUUUGCCAUCUUUUUAAAAAACAUUGUACGUCGCAUCAGCAAGGAUGGACAUGGAUUGUAACUUUAAAAAAAAUUGGGCCAACUUUUUCAAGUUUUAAUGUUAUACCUGAGAAAACGACCGAAAAAACUAUUAUGGUUAAAUACUCCCUGAUUAAAUAAUUAUGUUGAAUGGCUUCUUCUUGAAUAAACAGGACUAUUUUUUUGUAUAGGUAAAUGUACUAAGUAAUGACUUCAGAACAUAAUUGACCUAAAACACUCCCUAAAACAGCGAUAUUCUCGGUGUAUAGCUCCUACGUACCUUUCAACCUUUCUUAGAAGACUUUUGUUGCUUUUGCCUCUUUUAAUGUGUGUAUCUUUAUUAUAGAGUGAUAUUAAUUAUUGUAUUUAUUAUUAUAUCAAUAGCUUCAUAUUUUUUUAAUCGCUUCAGAUUUGGCGCGCCUUGCGGUUAAUAGUUGACACGGGACUGCAUUUCAAAGGCAAGUCACGUGACUGGGCUUUACAGAUUUUUGCCGAUUAUGCUUGGGACACUAGUGACAAAGUCGAUAAAGAAGUGACACGCUAUCAAAGCAUCCCGGGACAGGCUGUGACGUAUACGCUUGGGCAACUGUCAAUCAUGGAUCUAAGAGAAGAAGCAGAAAAAGCACUAGGAACAAAAUUCAAUUCCAAGGACUUUCACUUUCAGGUUAUUUUUAAUUUAGGGACUGUGCAAUAA